CUCGUGUGGUAUCCGAGUGAGAGCAAGGGUGUCGAGAUCUCGCGGGGUGCGGCCGACGAUGGUGAAGGCCCCUAACAUGGGACCAUCCGCCGGCCCCCAAGGGAAUAGAAAGACCCAUCCGGGGCCCGAGAUCGCGAUAAACCCGAGGAACCUGCAGAUAGGGAACACUGGACCAACCCCAGGCAUCCGAACAGAUGGGAAUCCCUACGGCAAGACAGGCACCGUAUACCAUCCCCAGGUGGACGUCUCGACCCAGGUGGACGUGCACGGCAGUUUCGGCGCAUCCGGCGGCAAUAUUAGCAUCGAUUGGGAUCGCAGGGCGACGCCGCUCUACUCCCGCGAGGACAUAAAAGAGCAGUACUGCAUAACCAGCCGGCAAUUGGACGCCGUCGAGAAAUCGGAGGGUGGGUUUUUCGGUUGCCUGUCCACGAAAGGCCCGUCCCCGUGCAGCUCAGCCCGUACCUCGAUCCUCUCCGCGUGCGUGAGAAGCGUCCCCAGCGACGAGAACCUCUGCGACGCACCCUAUCCCCAGCGAGCCUACCAGAUCAUGUACCGUCAGCCUCAUCCGAGCUAUCCGAGGGGCCUCUACCGUUACGACUUCGAGGAUGAAGCGGACUGGAUCAAGAGUUCCUACUUCCGGCGACGACCCAGAUCUUUCUGCACCGUGCCCGACCCGAAGAGGUACACGUGGGUUCCAGAGGAUGAGGAAUCAACGAAAUUGGAAGGUCCUCGACCUGUGUUGCCGCCCGCGCCUCCGCCGCCCUCGGCUCAAGCCCCGAAAACGAAGCACGUGAGCUUCGCGAGAUCGCAUACGCUCACGUCGUUUGAUGUUCCAAGGAGCCGGAGCCCUCCGAGACCGCAGAACCAGGAACGGCUGAUAGAUUCCCAGCCAACGAUGCAGAAUACGAUGCUACCUCCGACCUUACCCUUAAUGCACCCUUACGCCGCCAGUGAGCCACGUGUUCUUGUUCUUGAGAAGCCACCGAAACGCGGUGCAAUGAAGACUCAGGCGACCCAGACGGAGAUUCCAGCCGUGUUCCGGGGUCGAGUCCCAGUCAGGCUCAGUCCAAGGACGAUACAUCGCGUGAAAAUGGUCUCGCAGGGCGCCCAAACGAACGGUUUCUUCAACGGACGAAAAUUGACGAAGAGUUACUCGGAGGCCGGCCAAUUGGGCACCCCGCUGGGCGGCGGUCAAACCGGAACACAGGGAAAAGAAGAAACCGAGCACGAGCCUCUUCACAGAACGCAAAGCGAAGAACCGCCUAGGUCCCCAUUUCUUGUUGAUACACCGCCUCUUCAGACCACCAGUACCAUCGAUGGACCAGAGGAGAUUCUGACUAAUGGGGAUGUCCCGGAACAUAUAAAAAACAUACCUGAGGAUCAACGAAGGUCUGUCGACUUAGACGACAAGGAGAUCCUCAUAGACUUUAAGCCAGCGCCCGUGUCGCCGGACGCCCGAGCCCUGCUGAAUCGAAUGUCUCAGUCGACUAGGAGGUUCCUGCCGUUGCAGAAGACCUUCUCCGACGGUGAAAUUCGCAUCGAGAGGCGCGAGAUAGCCGGUGACGUCGGUGAACAUUGUUAUCCUCACACGUGCAGAAGGAAUCAUCAGGACCCCUGGGGCAGGACCGUUAGAGCACCCGUCCAAUUCUCCUCGACGCCAGAGGACCUGUCCUUGCUCAGGGUCGCUUCGCCCCACGACGAUCAUCCCGAAGAGGAGUUUCACGAGAAUCUCAUCCGACGUGGACUUUUCCGGAAGAGGAGCGUGUCGUUGGAGGACGGCGUGCAGGGUUUAACGUCGGACGACUUUAUGCUGCCGAGAUCACUUCCUAUGUCCCCCACGUCGCCGACCGCAGUAUCAACGUCAAGAAGGAUUUUACAGUGUCCUGGUGAUUAUACUAUAUCACCGACGAGACUAUUGCACCAAACAGGACCAGUCUGCCCAAUAGUAUUCAGUCCUGGUUCCGGGAUCACCGGCAUGAUCACAUCUCCAUUCGCUUCGAGCGAUUCCUUAACGAACGACAUCACGAGAGACCACAGCGAUGGAAUUUGGAACGAGUCUCAAGCGACGGUCCUCCAGGCUGACUCGUUAGCCCUUUUAACACCGUCCUCGAGGAGGAGGCAUCUCCUACUUCUACAGCACCAACAGCGAUCCUCUAUGGACACCGAGGCGUUGGAUAUCGAAGAAAUAAUGGAAUCGCAUCCAUCGAGUCCACGGAUACGUCUCGAGCCGGCGACGCCCAUCCAGCCAUUAACACCAAGGCAAUUGCUUCUCAGCGUCGAAGCGAUCGCGCCGGGCAACGGUAGACCGAGGGGCGUAUUUCGUCGUUCCAGUCCUGGUCCGCCGUUGUCGCAGCCGCAGUCGCAAUCCUCGAGCGAGUUCGGGUUGAGCCUCGCGCGAACGGACUCGGGCGGUCGUACGAACACCGACCUGUCCGAGACGUCCGAGGACUACGUCACUGCCAACACCUCUACCGAGACUGGGACCACUACCGGCACCUCCGCGACGACCAGUUCCUGGUCGAGGCCCCCGCAGACGUCGAGCGCCGCGGCGUCCGCCUCGGCGACUGCCACCGCCGCGGAGGGAAGUUCCUUCGAGAGCGCGAGCUCGAUCUACAGCUUGGCUCGCAGCGAGGCUGUCAUUGAAGAGCCAUGCAGCCCCCCGCCGAUACUGGAGGAAACGGAAAUUCCGUUCGGAUUGGAGGUGCCUCCGUCACCGGCGAGGUCCAGCAGCAGCAGCAGUUCGGGCAGUUACGACCUGAAAGAUGCAAUGACAGAUUUAGGUCAGGAGCUCGAGCAGAGUGCACCUCUGAGCAGACACACCUCAGAAACGGAACUCGAUCGUGACGAAGGUCACCGUUCUUCUUCCGGCGGUUAUGCCGAGUCACCUCCAGACCAGCGCACCUGGAGCGAAGAGGAGCGUCGCAGGCGACGCAAAAACUUCACUCUUGAGUUUCCGGGAGGUACACCGGAUACUGAACGCGGCACAGAGCAUUACACGGACAUCGUUGAAGUCAGUCCAACACCGAGUCACCGUCACAAAUCGAAGGUGAAGUUGACGAGCGCGAAGAGCCCGCACCGAAACAACAGAAAACGCGAAACGGUUCAGUUGAGUCAAACGCAGCAACAGCAACAGCAACAGCUACCUCGAAGUCCCCAGAAAGAGGACUGGCGAGUGGAACCGGUCGAGGAUAAUGGACAUGUGCCGACGUCCGAUGAUUCCAGCUGCAGUCAUCAUUACCAUAUGCAUCAUCACCAUCACCAUCAUAUGCAUCGAGACAACGCUGAAGGGGGAAGACACAGAAGAACUAGGGAGAGUCCUCGAAAGAAGACCAGCGGUUAUGUUUCCGCUAGAAGGAGGAGUAAUGAGGACAAGAACGCAGCCAUAACAGGCAGCCUACCACGAAGAAGAUCACGCGCAGCGGACGACAUAAUGUGUUCGAGGCUGAGUCCAGGCCGUUAUCAACGAAGUCCAGGGCAUAACGGACAACGGGCAAUGAUUGUCGAAGCGCAGAGCCCAGAAGCGAGAUUAAAGGCCCUUUCAGUGGAGUCUUUGAGGUCCGUCAGUCCAGGAAGCGACAGUGUCUUUUACAGCGAGGGCGCGGACCAAUGCCUCACUGUCAGCGCUCUCGACGCCCCUCAAUGUCACCAUUGCGGCAGAGAGGUCUCGGAAGAGAUCGUUCGACCGCCGGCAGGUUUCGCGGACUCGCCGGAAGGGCACAGAGCCGUCUCGAAGCACGUGUCCGGCCACAGGCUCUACAAGAAGUUCGACAAAAGGUACCGGUCCGAGGAUCGAGGCGACAGAAGGCAUCGACGCAGCAGCGCGGGCAGAUCGGACGUUCGAGCAAAGUCGGAGGAACGGGCCGCAACCAGACACGGAAGUAGAGGAUCCAUCGACGAGACCGCCAUGGGUAGGAAGAGGCUUCACGCCAGGAGCACAGACGUCAGUUUGGAGAUUCUUACAGGUCGUGAAGACGAGGACAGCUAUGUGGAGCCGUACACGAGCAGUGAAUGGAUUUACAUCAGUGACCUCGAGGAGAACCAUGUGUGGAGAAGGCCGGACAGCAGGGACGGCGACGACGAGAUCCCGGAAAGUAUCGCGAAAGAAAGGAGAAAUUCUCAGGAAUCGACUGAAAGCGAGACAAACUUUCGGAAGAAGUAUCUGACGGCGACGCACAGGAUGUUACAUCGAAAAAUUAGCGGGGAGAUGUACAAAAGGAUACAAACGAAGAGUUUCGAGAGCGACAAGAGGGUUGUAGUGAGACGCGAUGCUGGCGGUGAGUUCGGUAUCCGUAUUCACGGCUCGCGGCCGGUGGUGGUAUCCGCCAUCGAGCCCGACACACCGGCGGAGGGCUCCGGCCUCGAAGUCGGCGACAUUAUAAUGUCGGUGAACGGGGAGAGUGUCAUGGACGCGACGCAUUCGGAAGUCGUGAGGCUCGCGCACUCCGACACCGAUGUCCUUGAACUCGAAGUCGCGAGAACCUGCAACGUGCUGGCACCGCGACUGACCAGGCCAGGGAUAAAGGAGGGCGCCGACGAGAUGCCGCUGUGUUCCGGUUACCUUUGGAGGAAAUCCGCGUCGUCCUCGAACACGGACAAGUGGGUACGACGGUGGUUCGCUCUGCGUCGUGACAAUUGCCUCUACUAUUACAAGACUGACGCGGAUUCACAGCCAGUGGGGGCUGUAAUGCUGAUAAAGUACGACGUGGAGCAAACGCCUGAACUGAGGUUACAUAGUUUCGCGAUAAAGAAGCAGGGCGCGCCGACGCUUCGGCUGGCGGCGGACACCGAAGAGGCAGCGACAAGAUGGACGACCGUCAUUAAGGAGGCCAUAGAAAGAAAUGACCAGGUCGACACCUGGCUUGAAGCGUCACUGAGGAUGCGCGAAAUGGCGGCGUGUGCGAUUCAAAGACCAGAUUGUUUCGGAUACCUGAGCAAGCAGCAAGAACACGCAAGGAAAACGUCUUCGCCGACCGGUUGGUCCAGACGAUACUGUGUGCUGAAAGACGCCGCGUUGUAUUUCUACGACGACGCGAACGCCGAGAAAGCGUUCGGGGUAGCCUGUCUUCACGGGUUCCGGGUCCACGGCAGCGCUCCGACUUCCGGCGGCAGAAAACACGCGUUCGAACUGCAAUCGCCGGAUCCUACGCAGAGGAGCUACAUCUUUGCUACAGAAUCCGAAAUGGAUAAGAAACGAUGGCUCGCAGCCCUCGAAUAUUCGAUCGAUCGGUGGAUAAAGAUUGGUUGACACAGGCCGAUUCACCGCACAAGGAAGCAAAGAAGUCGAAGCAGCGAAGAUCCUUUGCGGUGUCCUUCGCCCCAUCCCGUAUCCGGUUCCUAACGAACAUUGUCGCAAAUCACAAAUUCGCCAGCCAUCGUCAUCGUCGUCUCGAUUGUCGUUCGUAAAUUCAUCGCGUGGAUCAUGUCGCAUAUAUUCGUGAAAUUUACGAUUCUUCAAACCACUCGACACUAUUACUAACAUCA